UUCAACAAAAUAUUCUAUAGUCCUUUCCCUUUUAUAUACAAUUCAAUUCAACAAACAUAACCAACACAUUUUCACUACCUUAUUACAAAAAAAAAAGGUUACAAUAAUAUGGCUGAUUAUCAAGGUUACAUCUUAUAUUUCAUCAUAUGGCUAAUAUCAACAAUUUUAGUAAAAACCAUACUCACAAGAAAAUACAAGAAAUCUAAUUUACCUCCAAGUCCAUUUUCCUUACCAAUCAUAGGACACCUUCAUCUUCUUGGUUCAAUACCACACCAAGGACUUCACAAACUCUCAACAAAAUAUGGACCAAUAAUCCAUCUUUUCCUUGGUUCUGUUCCUUGUGUUGUAGCUUCAACACCAGAAUCAGCUAAAGAGUUUCUUAAGACACACGAAACCUAUUUUUCGAACCGACCUCAUAGUUCAGCUGUUGAUUAUCUAACAUAUGGUUCACAAGAUUUUUCUUUUGCUCCUUAUGGACCAUAUUGGAAAUUCAUCAAGAAAAUAUGUAUGUCUGAGCUUCUUGGUGGUGGCACAUUGACUCAACUUUUUCCUGUGAGGAAAGAAGAGACUAUAAAGUUUGUUAGAUUUUUGCUCAAGAAAGGGAAGGAAAAUGAGGUUGUUGAUGUUGCAAAAGAGCUUUUGAGGUUGUCGAAUAACGUUGUGUCGAGGAUGAUUAUGAGUCAAAGUUGUAGUGAAAAUGAUGGUGAGGCUGAUGAGGUUAGGAAGUUGGUGCAAGAUACUGCUCAUCUUACUGGGAAGUUUAAUGUUUCUGAUUUUAUUUGGAUUUUUAAGAACUGGGAUGUUCAAGGGUUUAGUAAAAGUUUAAAGGGAAUUAGGGAUAGGUUUGAUUCUAUGAUGGAGAGGAUUAUCAAGGAGCAUCAAGAAGUAAGGAGAAGGAGAAAGGAAGUUGGUGGAGGAGAUGGUCAAAUUAAGGAUCUCCUUGAUAUUUUAUUGGAUAUUCUUGAAAAUGAGAGUUCUGAAAUCAAAUUGAAAAUGGAGAACAUAAAAGCCUUUAUCUUGGACAUAUUUAUUGCUGGAACAGACACUUCAGCCCUAACAAUUGAAUGGGCUUUGGCAGAGCUAAUUAACAAUCCACAUAUAAUGGACAAAGCAAGACAAGAGAUUAAUGAUGUAGUUGGAAACAAUAGAAUUGUAGAAGAACAAGACAUUGUUAACCUUCCUUACCUACAAGCAAUAGUCAAAGAAACACUAAGGAUUCAUCCUACAGGUCCAUUAAUUGUUAGAGAAUCAUCUGAAAAAUGCACAAUCCAAGGCUAUGAGAUUCCAGCUAAGACACAAUUAUUUAUCAAUAUAUGGUCUAUUGGAAGAGACCCUAAUUAUUGGGAUAAUCCACUUGAGUUUAAGCCAGAGAGGUUUACUAGUGAAGUUGGAAAUUUAGAUGUUAGGGGACAACAUUUUCAUUUGAUUCCAUUUGGAAGUGGAAGAAGAGGAUGUCCUGGAACAUCAUUGGCUUUGCAUGUUGUGCAAACAAAUCUUGCUGCUAUGAUUCAAUGUUUUGAAUGGAAGGUUAAUGGGAGUGUUGAUAUGGAAGAGAAACCUGGUUUGACUCUUUCAAGGGCACAUCCUUUAAUUUGUGUUCCUGUUCCUAGGCUUAAUCCUUUUCCUUCCAUGUGAUUUUGAUCACUGGUUAAGGUUGGGAGAGAAAGAAAAAUGCAACUUCACAUUGAAAAUUUAUAUUUUUGGUUCUCUUGUUUCUUUGUGGUAUUUAGGACUUGUUUGUUUCUAUCUAAGUAUUUCUCUUAAA